CCAUGCCAGCUGGGCACGAACGGUCAGUAAAAUUAAAGAAAAUCAACUUGAACAUUACGUGUUGGCUGUGCAAAGGUUACCUGAUUGAUGCCACAACCGUAACAGAGUGCCUUCAUACAUUCUUCAAGAGCUGCAUUGUGAUGCUGGAGGAAAACAACACGUGUCCUACGUGUGAGAUGGUGAUACAUCAGAGCCACCCACUGCAGUAUUUUAGAUUCGACAGAACAAUGCAAGAUAUCGUUUACAAGAUGGUACCAAAUCUUCAAGAGAAAGAGACGAAGCGUGAGCGGGAGUUUUUCCGGCGGCGAGGUCUGCCAUAUGUCAAGUCGCCGCCCCCUGGUGGAGGCAACGACGAAAUCCUGAUGAACCAACUGGCUGUCAACGACGGCAAAGAUAAGGAUUAUCACAGAAAAGACGAGCAGGUCAAUGUCUGCCUGCAGUGUACGAAAGGUUGCCAGCUAAAGGGAUUGAAGAAACGAUACAUCCGCGUAUCGUCGCACGCCACAGUGACGCAUCUCAAAAAGUUCGUCUCGAAAAAGCUGUUCAGCACCAUCGAUAAAUUCCAGGAUGUUGACAUUUUGUGCAAUGAAGAACUAUUAGGCAAGGACCACACACUUAAAUUUGUCUGCGUGACUCGGUGGCGGUUUAAGGAACCACCUUUGCUCUUGACAUAUAGGCCAAAAUUGGACAUAAGAAGUUAGAACAGAGCUUUAUAAAGAAGGUUAGCAAACCUUGCAACUGGAGAGUGAAUGUCAGGAAGUUGUGUAAAUACUGAAAGUGCCGAGUUGUGGCAGAGGUGUACCCAUAAAGUACUACCAACAUGAUAUAGCUAUAUCUGUACAUUAUUUGAUCAUAUUGCAUUACUUUUUUUUUAAAGACAUGCUAAUUUAUUAGGAAGAAUUGUUAUAAAUGAUCAUGUUACCAUAAUUAUUGCCAGGAGAUAGAUGAGUGAUAGUCCCCUAUUAUCUUACUCCUCGUUUUACUAUUUAAAGAUGAGCACGAGAGAAGUGAUUAAUCGUCCUUUGGUUUGUUAGCCCAUACUAGUCCCAGAGACUAAACAUUUUUACUGGCUUUUUUCUAUCGCCACUUGUCUAUAAUGUGGAAUGGUGUCAAGGAACGUGCAUGGAUAUGGUCAGAUGCACGUGUAAGGAAAUACAAAUGUGAAUUUAGUUGGACUUCCGCAAGGUAGCGGCGACCCCUUUCGUGAGCGUACCCAGGCCGACCCAACCUGACUGGGACUGAUCCAGGCUAACCUUACCCAGACUGACCCGACUGAGACUGAUCUAGGCUAACCUUACCCAGACUGACCUGCAUGAGACUGAUCCAACCCCUAAUGACCUGAUUUAGAGUGACCAGCCAAUAGUCACCUGUGUCUGUUGGCAGCAGGUCGUUGUCGUGUCGAACCUCUAGACAUACUGUACUCACCGUUCGACCUGACUUUUCUUUAAUGCGCCCAUGGGGUGUCUCACUAGUCACCGAUGCCCUGAGCGUAUUUAGACCUCACACCCGCGUUGGUCGUUUCACGUUGGUGAGAUCGUGUAACAGUUACCGGGUACGGCCACCCACGUGGCGCGCUGGGAAUGACUGGUGACGGAGGCGGCAGGUAUCUCAUCGUAUGGCUACGACACUCCUGCACUAGCCAUCAGUUGGAUCAGCUGAGAGCUUCUCUUUGAACUGCAUCUUGAAGGUCGUGGAACUAAGUGGACCAGAAUGCUUCUAAGCUCAAUAUGUGAGCUGGCUUGAUGUGUUCUAUCCAUGGUGAUUUCUAUGCCAUUCGAUGGGAGAGCUUUAGUAAUUUCGUUGCACAAGAAUGAUCGUCUGUCUAUAGUGAUUGGUUACCAACUGAAAAUCCAGAUUCGUUCGAUAUUCCCCUACUGUAGAUCAGAUUCCCUUCGUCGUAAGUCCAUAAAUUCGUCGUGAUAACGCACGUUUAUGAGUUAAAUUAAUGUCCUACAACUCCAUGCAUUAGCGAACGCGUGCAAGACAGGUUGUGAACCAUCGACAAGCAAGUAAUAGGGGAUUCCGAGGAAAUGCACAUAUAUUUUUAAGAUACGUGUCCGUGUCCCUUUUUCUGCAAGCGCAAAAUCAAGGGUCUACUAUGGAAGAAGGUGAGGAGUGGUAUUAUUUUUUAAGGCCACGAGCAGCCCUGCACUGUCAUGGGGAAGGUGGGGGGGGGGCUUCAUGCAUGUAGCCGGUCCCCGUCUCGAUAAAGCGUGACCGCCACAAGAUAUUAUGAGUGGUGGCACUAGAUUGCUCAUAGCCAUAACAGUAGUUUCAGUGACGCCAUCAGGCUAGGUAUGAAACACUAAUUGUGUUGGCUGUAAUAUACCAAUCAUGUUUGCUUACCAUAGACCAUUAAACCAUGUUAGCUGAUGUACAUAAAAACUGUUGAAUGACUUUGUCAUUUUAGUUUACUGGUAAAUAGACAGGAAUAAUUGAUUUGUGCACUUUGAUUUAUCAGUAAACCUCUGGAUGUACCUCGAUGCUUUCUACUAACAUCAUCUUUGUAAGUCUGUAUAUUGUGUAAAUAGUUUUGAAGAAUAUAACAUGGUGUUUUAGAAUCGAUUCGUCUUCUGCUUUAAAAAUUAAACAAUAACCGCAUGUAAAUUAUUGUUCAUUGUUAUUCUCAAGACAUUGACAAAACAUGAUAUAUAAUAGGAUCUUCAAUAAACCAACUGGAGAAAAUUCUGAAGCAAUCAGAACUUCACUUUCCGAAAAGUGUAGUUAUAAAAAGUUAUUUUAAUACGACCACGCCAUAUUGCACGAACAUUGACAACCAAGAAGUAUAUAAACCCCAUGUGACAUGAUUUCCUACUAAAUAACAAAUAAAACUUCUUAAACACAACAAUAUUUAUCAGUCCGUGAUUCCGUGAUUUUGAACAUUGGGUAGGUAGAUAGACAUACUCUCCAUCACUGUUGCUGGAAAACUCGAUACAGUGCGAAGGCAACAUCAAAAAGAGUUUCCAAUUGAAAUUAGUUGUCAGCUCCUAGAAAUGAACACAAUUGUACACAAAUACACAACAAAGAAUUCCACGAUUUUACAAGAUAACAAGACGUAAUUUUGACAAUGUUAGUGGGUUCACAAUCAUUCAUCCCAUUAUUUACAAGAACAGUAAAAAACAUUCAACCAACCAGGCGUGUAAA